AUGAACCUUCUGACUUUGUCUGAGAAGCGUUCUUCCGCUUUCCCAAAUUUGGGUAUCUCGAGAGAACAGCAGCAGCCAUCGGCGCAACAGGGGGCAGCCACGGCUCAGAAGGGGCCCUGGCCCCGCCCCGCCCACACGGACUGCCCGCUGCACGCCUGCCUAGAAAAUCCACAUCGCCGCCCCCUGCUUCACCGGCUGCCUUUCUUCAGUAGGAAAAAGUGUCCUUGUAAUACUAUCAGCCGGACUCGAAGGACAAAGCUGAGGAGCCAGGAGCAACUCCGUAUCUGGAUUUUAGUCAGGCAGUGCAUUGGGCGCCCGACCAAGGCCAGGCUGCGGGACGAAAAAUCUUCUGCUCGGCCACAUUCGCAGGGCUUUCUACUUUCGUCCUUCCCCAAGAUGGUGGCCUCUCGGGCGAUUGGCAUCCUCAGCCGCUUCACUUCCUCCAGGACCCUCCGCUCCCCAGGUUAUAGUUGCCGUAACUUUACAAGAUCCUCUAAAUUGCUGGCCAGAAGCCAUAUUAACUAUGGCGUCAAAGGGGAUGUGGCAGUUAUUCGAAUCAACUCACCAAAUUCAAAGGUAAAUACGCUGAAUAGAGAGCUGCAGUCUGAGUUUGUAGAAGUAAUGAAUGAAGUAUGGGCUAGUGAUCAAGUGAGAAGUGCUGUGAUUAUAUCAACAAAGCCAGGCUGCUUCAUUGCUGGGGCUGAUGUCAACAUGAUAGCUUCUUGCAAGACUUCCCAAGAAGUAACGCAGCUAUCCCUGGAAGGACAGAGAAUGUUUGCGAAACUUGAGAGGUCCACAAAGCCUAUUGUGGCCGCCAUCAAUGGGUCCUGCUUUGGAGGGGGCCUUGAGCUUGCCAUCGCAUGCCAAUACAGAAUUGCAACGAAAGAUAAGAAAACAAUAUUAGGUUCUCCUGAAGUCCUCCUGGGAAUACUACCAGGGGCAGGAGGCACACAGAGGCUCCCCAAAAUGUUGGGUCUGCCUACUGCUUUUGACAUGAUGCUGACUGGAAGAAAUAUUCGAGCAGAUAAAGCAAAAAAGAUGGGACUGGUUGACCAACUGGUGGAGCCCCUGGGACCAGGAUUAAAACCUCCAGAGGAGCGGACAGUCGAAUACCUCGAAGAAGUUGCUGUUACGUUUGCCAAAGGACUAGCUAAUAAGACAAUUUCUCCAAAGAGAGAAAUGGGAUUGGUGGAAAAACUGACAGCGUACGCCAUGACUAUUCCAUUUAUCAGGCAACAGGUUUACAAAAAGGUAGAAGAAAAAGUACGAAAGCAAACCAAAGGCCUUUAUCCUGCGCCUUUGAAAAUAAUCGAGGCAGUAAAGACCGGUAUCGAACAAGGGAAUGAUGCUGGCUACCUCUUUGAAUCUCAGAAAUUUGGAGAGCUUGCAAUGACCAGAGAAUCAAAGGCCUUGAUAGGGCUGUACCAAGGGCAGGUCCUGUGCAAAAAGAAUAAAUUUGGAAUUCCUCAAAAGGACGUGAAGCAUGUGGCAGUUCUUGGCGCAGGGCUGAUGGGAGCUGGCAUUGCCCAGGUCUCUGUGGAUAAAGGACUGAAGACUAUACUUAAAGACGCUACAGUGGCUGGGCUCGGCCGAGGACAGCAACAGGUGUUCAAGGGAUUGAAUGAUAAAGUGAAGAAGAAGUCGAUAACAUCAUUUGAAAGAGACCACAUUUUCAGCAACCUGACUGGCCAGCUUGAUUAUCAGGGAUUUGAAAAGGCUGACAUGGUGAUUGAAGCUGUUUUCGAGGACCUUAAUCUUAAGCACAAAGUGCUCAAGGAAGUGGAAACGGUGAUUCCUGAGCACUGCAUCUUUGCCAGUAACACUUCUGCUCUGCCCAUCAACCGAAUUGCAUCUGUCAGCAAACGACCCGAAAAGGUGAUUGGUAUGCACUACUUUUCUCCUGUGGACAAGAUGCAGCUGCUGGAGAUUGUCACAACUGAGAAAACCUCCAAGGACACGGUGGCUUCGGCCGUGGCAGUUGGCCUCAAGCAGGGAAAGGUCAUCGUCGUGGUCAAGGAUGGACCCGGCUUCUACACCACUAGGUGCCUUGCGCCCAUGAUGUCUGAAGUCAUCCGCAUUCUCCAGGAAGGAGUGGACCCCAAGAAGCUGGAUUCACUGACCACAAGCUUCGGCUUCCCUGUGGGUGCUGCCACCUUGGUGGAUGAAGUUGGCGUGGAUGUAGCCAAACAUGUAGCUGAGGAUCUAGGCAAAGCCUUUGGGGAACGGUUUGGAGGUGGAAGCCUGGAACUCCUGCAUCAGAUGGUGGCCAAGGGCUUCCUGGGUCGCAAGUCUGGGAAGGGCUUUUACAUCUACGAGCAGGGUGCGAAGGGUUCAAAGAAUAAGAAUUUGAAUUCUGACAUGGAUCCCAUUUUGGCGAGUCUUAAGUUGCUUCCUGUGUCUGAUGUCUCCUUCGAUGAGGACAUCCAAUACCGUCUGGUGACACGAUUUGUGAACGAGGCGGUCAUGUGCCUGCAAGAAGGGAUCUUGGCCACACCUGCUGAGGGAGACAUCGGAGCCGUUUUUGGGCUCGGCUUCCCCCCUUGUCUUGGAGGGCCCUUCCGCUUUGUGGAUCUGCAUGGAGCGCAGAAGGUAGUGGACCGGCUCAAGAAGUACGAGGCCACCUAUGGAAAACAGUUCACUCCCUGCCAGCUGCUGCUUGACCACGCCAGCAGCCCCAGCAGGAAGUUCUACCCAUGA